CCUGGCUGAAGUCCCUCCUCAAAUUUCUUGUCUCCAUUUAUAUAACCUUCUCUCUUGUCAGAAGAGUUCUUGGAGGAUUGCUUGUUUGGAAAUCUACUGUGACAGUGAAAAAAUACAAGCAGAAAGCCAACUUAACUUUCAGGACAGUCCGACUGACACAACAUCCAUUUACAUCUAUUUGCAUCUAUUUACAUCUGACUCAGCAUAGCUUUCAUCUGCCAUCCGCAUCCCUUCUCAUCUGAUCUUCAGAGCAUCGAUCCUUCUCACCAUGUCCAACCAGCCCAUCCAAGAUCACCAUGAAGGGUCCUAUGUGUCCCUGAUGAGGGGCUUGAAAGAGCUCGACCUUCAUGGCCCCUGUGUUCCCAGUGACCUGGUUCUGAUUGGAGACCACGCCUUUCCUUUAGCAAUGAAUAGCCGAGGCCAGGUCCUGAUGGCAGCCUCUCUGUACGGCCGUGGAAGGAUCGUGGUCCUGGGUCAUGAGGGCUACCUGACAGCCUUUCCUGCUCUGGUAGAGAAUGCUCUGACCUGGUUGAGAGGAGAUGGCUCUGACAACCUGUCUGUGGGAGUCCAUAGAUAUGUCAAGGGAGUCGCUGAAAACCUCAGCAAAUCCAGCUUCCAAGUCACAGUUAUGGGGGCCUUUAGUGAAAAGCGGGAGGUUGGUGCGUAUGUGACAGAUGCUUACAAUGUGGGUCCAGACGUGAAGGACCUGGUGGCGUUUCUGAAAGCUGGAGGAGGAGUGCUGAUAGCGGGGCAGGCAUGGAGCUGGGCUGAAAGUCGUCCUAAGGACAACGUGCUGCUUCAGUUUGAUGGAAAUAAGGUUUCUAGUGUGGCAGGGAUCUACUUCUCUGAGCAUCAGGGUGAGGUAGAGUGCCUGCCUGUCCACCCACAGAUCCCAUCCUCCUGGAUGGCUGUAGUAAUCGGUAAGGAUUUUGAGGAUGACUUGGAGUUCUUACUCCAGGGGGUGUCCGAGUUUGACCUCCAAAAUGGGGUAGCAGCUUCCGAGGUUCUGGUCCACGGCCCACUAGCCUUCCCCAUUGGUACCACCGAGGAUGGACGAGCGUUCUUGGCAGGAGCCUACUAUGGGCAGGGACGGGUUAUUGUGAUCUCACAUGAAGGACUUCUGAGACGAGAGACACUGGCUCCGAUUUGGAACAAUACCAUUCGUUGGUUGGACGAAGGCCGGAAUGGGGUCGUUGGCGUCGUUCCAGAUCUUGACCAAGCCUUUAACCUCUUCAGCAAGUCAGAGUUUAAUUGUGAGAAGACAAACUUCAGGGAAGACCUGAGUGUAUUUGUGUGUAACGCGUACAGCGAUAAACAUGUGGAGGAAAUCCAAGACUUUGUGGCAGAGGGAGGAGGCCUGCUCAUUGGUGGACACGCCUGGUACUGGGCACAGACACACCAAGGGCAAAACCCAAUGACCGAUUUCUCAGGAAACAAGAUCCUCAACAAAAUGGGCUUGAGCCUAUUGGAUAAGAUAAUUGGGGAAGGUUCCUACAAGGCCCCUGUGCCCAGCCAGGCCAUCAAAGACACCUACCACUUCCGCCGCCUUCUACACCGCUUUGGGGGUCACAUCACCCAGGGGGAGGAACUUACAGAGCACGAGGAGGAAUGCCUUAAAAAACUGGGUGGGGACUGUACCAGGUACUUGAGCAUGAAGGCUCACGAUUGCCAAUCCUACACACAAGUGGUCUCCUCACUCACCGACAUCAUAAAGAAGUCGGAUAUGCCACAGGUGUGUGACAGCUGUCCUGUGAAGAGUCCCAAAGGCCAGCUACUCCUCAGUGUGGGGACAGACGUGUAUAAGGUUUGCCCAGAUCCUGAUGCCCUCUUUCCCUACCUCAUCAAGGAUAACCCUGUGAUGCCAGUCGUCUAUAACCACAAGAUCAAGAUUAAUGCUGACACAGCAGGAGGGGAGGAGUGGAUCAGUACAGGUCUCUACCUCUCACAUGGUAUGAAGACCUACAUGGCCAUGCCAGCAGAGAUUGUCAACAAGGGAUGGAAGAUCCAGAUAGGUUGUCAAACAGACUACCUGAAUGCCGGAGAGUUGAAGAGAGCGCCGUCUGUUCAUGAGCGAUUUCCUAUCACCUCAGAGAUGAUGCAGGUGUCGAACCUGUGGGGGGGACUCAUCUACCUGGUGGCUCCACCCAAAACACAAGUGGAGGGGGUGGAGGUCACAGUGCAGAUGGCUGUACCGGCACCUUACUAUAAAUCUGGUGUAACAACAGUUGCUGAUUGGUCGAUGCUGCGCACAGCUCCUUCACCCUGGGCAGAGUUGGAGUUUGAAAACAUCAUCCUUACUGUACCAUCAGACGUUGUUCGAGACCUGGAUCGCCCCGAUCUGUUGGCAGCGCUUUGGGAUGACAUGAUGAGGGGCAUCGCUGAUCUGGCCGUCAUACCACACAAAUUUCCUCGCAAAGAACGUUUUUUAACUGAUGUGCAGAUUUCCCAUGGUUGGAUGCAUGCUGGUUAUCCCAUCAUGGCACACAAAGCCACAGCAGCUGAGCUGGUCAGCAUUGAGCAUGCUCGGAGUAAAGGCCUCUGGGGGCCCAUCCAUGAACUGGGACACAACCAACAGAGAAGCUGCUGGGAGUUCCCACCAAACACCACAGAGUGUACAUGCAAUCUGUGGUCGGUGUAUGUGCAUGAAGAGGUGAUCGGGAUGAACAGAGCACAGGCGGAGUCAAUUAUGAGCCCAGAAAAAAGAAAGAAGCAAGCAGAAGAUUAUGUGAAGGGUGGAAGGAAACUGAGCAGCUGGGACACGUUUGUGGCCCUGGAGACAUACCUGCAGCUCCAGGAGAAGUUUGGCUGGGAUGCCUUUAAGAAGGUGUUUGCUGCCUACCACAAGAUGAGCGACUUUCCCAGUGACAAUGACGGAAAGAUGAACCUGUAUGCUGAGACUUUCUCCCAGACUGUGGGGAUGAAUCUGGCUGGGUUCUUUAAGGCCUGGGGCUGGCCUAUAGAAACAGCCACUGAGAAGAAACUCUCCGACCUGCCUCCCUGGAGUGACCACCCCAUGGUCCAGUACGACUGAUCUUCAGACUGCAGCUGAUUAAAACUGCAGAGAGAUGGCUCGGUCUUUUGCAGCUUAAAGAUGUAUAAUACUGCACUCAGGAACUGCACAGUCGGGUGAUUGUUCUCUGUGGGUUCAUCACUAUGAGCAACUCCUUUCACAUUACACAUGUUGAUUAUAGCAGCUUUAAAUAUUUUUCAGCAACCAUAAUAAUGUUGUUAACGCUGUCAUUGACCUCACAGCACUAUAAGCCAUUCAUGAGUAAAAAGCAUAUUCCAAUUAAAGGGUCUUUUAGGGUCAUAUUAAUUAUAAUACU